UAGGUAGUGGCCUGCGCCCCACAGUCGUGACUACUUCAGUUUAAGUGACGUUUCUCGCGCGGCACGUUUUUAUUUUAAAUUUAAACUUGUAUGUCAAUGUGAAUUUAAUCAGUGGUGUAACAAGUACCAAAUCGUACGAGAAACAGUUUAUUGAAUUCAUUUUUUCGUAUAUUUAUAAUUGUCAGUGUCUGUGUUUUUUAUACUAUCACUAUUACUAUUAAUAUCACUACUAUCGCUAUCAGUAUUAUUUAUUUUUAUAUUUUUAUUUACAAAACAAUAAUCUACGAAAAAUAUAAAAAAUAUUUUUUAUGAAAUAAAUGGAUGGGAUCUUUAAGUUAGUCAGAGAUCAACGGUCAAGAAUCUGUGGAUAAGAUCGUGGAAAAUAUUGAGGGAGCUUGCGGCGUACGCCGACUGCCGGGUGAUAAGGACAUUGGCAUCGAUGCUCUAGUAAAGGUUUAAAACAAUAAAAAUACGGUGAGGAAUCGCCAGCCGCACAAUGUGGCGCCCAAUCAUCCUGGGGAUUUUUCUCCAACUGACAACGACGAUAGCGACGGCAUCAAAAGUAUCGGUGGUGCCACACGAUGUCUAUCCAGGGUUCGAAGUUAUGAAAUUUCAAGGCGCUAAAAGACAUGCGUCGAAUUAUCGUCUAUUGGAGACUGGGUUCUCAAAAUACUUCACCGUUCUGGACAGUGGUAUGAUGAUGACAACGUCGGAUUUAACGCCUCUAGUCAAUAGGUCCGUUAAUUUACUGGUGCUCGAAGAAUUGGUCAAUGGAACGCAGACACACGAUGUUCACCUGUUUGUCAUUAAUCGUGGAAACAUGCUGACGUUCACCCACGAGCAUUUGGGACACGGUCAAGUGAUGGAGAAUUCACAGCCAGGGACAUUGGUUGAUGAUUUUCCAUUGCUCCAUGCCGAUGGCAAUUUUCCGGUACACUAUGUUAUACAGCCGAAUGAAAACGGCGAAAGGGCGUUCGCUUUAAUGGAAGAGACUAGCGCGGAAACCGGAUUCAAUUUGACUGUUAAAAAUUCCGAACAGGGCGUCAGAGUUGUCACCGCAAAACCUCUCGACAGAGAAGUUAAAAGCACUUACCAAGUAAAUAUAAAUGCUUAUGACGCAACAUAUAUAAGUACAUCGAAAAUAAGUGGAGUUGUUACGGUAAUUGACGAGAAUGACAACAGCCCGAUGUUCGAACAGGAAGAAUACAGUUUUGAAAUGAGGCCUAUUAAUAUUGAAACACUAGAGAAAGACGGGGCGCCAAAAUGGAGGCGAUUUGAAACCAUUGGUAAGGUAACAGCUAAGGAUGCUGAUGGGGAUAAAGUUGCAUACAAACUUAUAACGCCGACAAACUUGAUUAUUAUUGUACCGCAAACUGGCGAACUUGUGCUGGCUGACGAGCCAGAUGCUACUGUAGAUCAGGAUACGGAAGUAGAAGUUAUGAUCGAGGCACACGAUAUUCGAUCACCCACACGCAGUACUUUGAGACCCGCACGAGCGGUUAUUCGUUUUCUCACCUCGCAGUUUUUUGAUACCGAGGACGUGCCAAAGGUUCAUCACAUCCAGAAACGCCGGGUUACCAGAGCGGUCCGACCUACUAAGAAAGUUGAGUUUUUCGAAUCAGAAGGCGACGUCGAGGGUAAAAUUGUUUUUUCAUUGGAAAAAGAGACUGAAAAGGAGACUUAUAAGAUUAGAGAUGAAAACAAAUGGGUUACGGUCGCGGAAAAUGGUUCCGUCAGAGUUAAGGAAAAGUGGGAUUACGAAGAACUUGGUCCUGAAAAGACUAUUGACUUUUGGGUUACCAUUAAUAAUGCAAAUACGGACAAUCAGCGGGUUAUAAUAAACAUCAAAGACGUUAAUGAUGAGUCACCUUACUUCAUCAACAAGCCGCUUCCAAUGCAAGCAGUGGUACAACUCAACGCGCCUCCGAACACACAUGUAUUCACUCUACAAGCCCGAGAUCCUGACACCGAUCACAACAUUCACUACUUCAUUGUCAGAGAUCGAACUGGUGGUCGAUUCGAGGUCGACGAACGCUCGGGUGUUGUACGUACAAGAGGUGCAGAUGUUUUUCAAUUGGACAUGGAGUACGUAUUGUACGUCAAAGCUGAAGAUCAGAAUGGAAGAAUCGAUGAGAAACAUUUUCAGUCGACGCCUGAAGAACGCUUAUCAAUCGUCGGGGGUAAACGUGCACCGCAAUUUUACCUCCCUACUUAUGAAACUGAAAUUCCAGAAAACCAAAAAAAAGAUACUGAUAUUAUUUCCGUGAAAGCUAAAUCAUUUGCUGAUCGUGAAAUCCGGUAUACCUUGAAAGCGCAGAGUCAAGGUGCCGCGGGAACUUUCAAUAUUGGACCAACCUCUGGGAUUGUUAAACUUGCUAAAGAGUUAGACUUUGAAGAUGUAAGACAGCCUCAUGUUUAUACGCUAGUUGUAACCGCUACCGAAGACUCAGGUGGUUUCUCAACUUCAGUAGGGCUAACGAUUCGUGUUACUGACGUCAAUGACAAUGCGCCAAAAUUUGAGCUUCCGGACUACCAAGCCCACAAUGUAGACGAAGACAUUCCGCUGGGCACAAGUAUUCUCAAAGUAAAAGCCACCGAUGCAGAUUCCGGCGCCAACGCAGAUAUUGAAUAUUUGGUAUCUGACGAUCACUUUAGCGUGGAUUCUAGUGGGAUUAUCGUCAACAACAAACAACUUGACGCUGAUAACAACAAUGCAUAUUAUGAAUUUAGUGUGACAGCCAAAGAUAAAGGAAGUCCGUCAAAAACUGGAACAGCGACGGUUCGCAUUUACACGAAGAACAAAAACGACGAGGAGCCAAAAUUUUCUCAGCAAGUGUACACGCCCAAUGUGGACGAGAACGCCGGGCCUAACACCUUGGUGACGACCGUAGUCGCGUCCGAUAAAGACGGUGACAACGUACGCUUUGGUUUUGUUGGAGGUAGCACUUCAUCAGGGCAGUUCGUCAUUGAGGAGAUAACCGGCGUUAUUCGUCUACAAGGCGAUAAAAUAUCACUCGACCGUGAUAAAUAUGAACUUAACGUCACGGCGAUGGACGACGGCGCUUGCUGUCCGGAAGGAAAAAAUAAUAUCCACACCAGCACUGCUGUUGUUGUCGUAUUUAUUACUGACGUAAAUGACAACAAGCCGGUGUUCAAGGAUUGCGGCAGUUACUCACCAAAGGUUGAGGAGGGCGCGCCGAAUGGCAGCCCUGUUAUUAAAGUGCAGGCCACUGACGAAGACAAAGGAGUCAACGGUCAAGUAAAGUAUUCAAUUGUACAGCAGCCCAAUCAGAAAGGUACCAAAUUCACUGUUGACGAGGAAACUGGUCAGGUUUCGACUAACAAAGUGUUUGAUCGUGAAGGAGAUGACGGGAAAUUUGUAUCGGUCACAGUGAAAGCUACCGAUCAAGGAGAGCCUUCACUAGAAGGUGUCUGUUCAUUUACCGUCGAAAUAACAGACGUCAAUGAUAACCCGCCUCUUUUUGACCGUCAGAAAUAUGUGGAGAAUGUGAAACAAGACGCGAGUAUUGGAACAAAUAUCCUGAGAGUGUCGGCGUCAGACGAAGAUGCCGACAACAACGGAGCGAUUAUUUACUCGUUAAGUUCCCCGAGUAAUAACCAGGAUCUCGAGUACUUUGAAAUCCAACCAGAAUCCGGUUGGAUUGUACUAAAGAAGGCUUUAGACCGAGACAGGUAUCGCCUGAAGGUGCGGGCCUCUGACAAAGGGACAUCAGUCUUGUUCGCAGACGUGGACGUUGAGUUAGACGUCGUAGACAGAAACAAUAAACCUCCUCUGUGGGAUCAAAAUGUAUACGGCCCCAUUCACAUCAAAGAAAAUGUCACAGUGGGUACUGUAGUGACGUCGGUGAAAGCCAGCUCGGGGAUCGAACUUAACCCGACGGUAUUUUACCACUUAAUGCCCGGAUCGACCGCCCAAACAAACAAAUUUCAUACAUUUUAUCUCCAACAACGCUCGGAGACGUCUUCGAAAGACAACGUCACUUGGGCCGACAUCAAAGUCAAUCAUCCGCUAGAUUACGAGAGUAUAAAGGAGUACAAUUUGACAAUUCGAGUUGAGAAUAAUGGAGCCCAACAAUUAGCGUCGGAAGCAACAAUCCAUAUUGUAUUGGAGGACGUUAACGAUGAGAUACCAUUAUUUACGGAAGGCGAACAGGAAACUGUGCUUGAAGGCGAACCUAUUGGGAGCAAAGUGACUCAAGUAAACGCAAUAGACAAGGAUGGAACGGCUCCAAACAAUCAGGUUACUUAUUACGUAGUAAAUAGUAACAGAAACGAAGGCAAAGAUUACUUUGAAAUCAACCGUGAGACUGGGGAAAUAUUUACCAAAAUAAUCUUCGAUCGUGAGAAACAGGGCGCUUAUGCUCUCGAAGUCGAAGCAAGAGAUGGCGCGCCAUCAGCACGACCUAAUAGCAACGGGCAACCUAAUUCAGUGACGAAAUUCAUUAGAAUUGGCAUCGCUGACAAGAACGAUAAUCCGCCUUACUUUGAUAAGAGCCUCUACGAGGCUGAAGUAGACGAAAAUGAAGAUAUACAACAUACAGUACUCACUGUUACCGCCAAGGAUCACGAUGAGUCCUCGCGUAUUCGAUACGAGAUUACGAGCGGUAACAUAGGGGGUGCAUUUGCCGUGAAGAACAUGACUGGGGCCAUUUAUGUCGCUGGAGCAUUGGAUUACGAAACGAGGAAGAGGUAUGAACUUAAACUAACGGCGUCGGAUAAUCUACGAGAGAAUUACACGACUGUUGUAAUUCAUGUUAAAGAUGUUAAUGAUAAUCCCCCAGUGUUUGAGAGACCCACUUAUAGAACUCAAAUCACUGAGGAAGACGAUAGAAAUUUACCAAAGCGAGUUCUUCAGGUAAUGGCAACUGACGGUGAUAAAGACAGGCCUCAGAAUAUUGUUUACUUUCUAACGGGUCAAGGAAUCGAUCCUAACAACCCAGCAAACAGCAAGUUCGAUAUAAAUCGAACAACCGGUGAAAUUUAUGUAUUGAAGCCGUUAGAUCGCGAUCAGCCAAACGGAAGACCCCAGUGGCGAUUUACAGUAUUUGCUCAAGACGAGGGCGGGGAAGGUCUUGUCGGGUACGCGGAUGUUCAGGUUAAUCUAAAAGACAUCAAUGAUAAUGCCCCGAUAUUCCCACAAGGCGUCUACCAUGGUAAUGUCACGGAAAAUGGAACAGCAGGAAUGUUGGUGAUGACAAUGACUGCGAUCGAUUACGACGAUCCCAGCGAGGGAACAAAUGCAAAAUUAAUAUAUUCCAUUGAGAAAAAUGUUAUCGAAGAAGAAACUGGUUCGCCGAUAUUUGAAAUUGAACCAGAUACCGGCGUUAUCAAGACCGCUGUUUGUUGUUUAGAUAGAGAGCGCACGCCAGAUUAUUCGAUACAAAUAGUCGCGGUGGAUGGAGGCUCGUUAAAAGGGACGGGGACGGCCUCGAUACGAGUGAAAGACAUAAAUGACAUGCCUCCGCAAUUCACUAAAGAAGAGUGGUUCACUGAAGUGGAUGAAACAGAUGGUACAAACCUCCCGGAAAUGCCGAUUCUCACUGUCACUGUUCAUGACGACGAUGAAACCAACAAGUUCCAAUACAAGGUGCUUGAUGACAGCGGCUUUGGUGCUGAUAAAUUCACCAUGGUCCGUAACAAUGACGGCACUGGUUCAUUAAAAAUAGUCCAGCCAUUAGACUUUGAGAACCAGCUACAAAGUAACGGAUUCAGGUUUAAAAUCCAAGUCAACGAUAAGGGCGAGGAUAACGACAAUGAUAAAUAUCACGUAGCAUAUUCAUGGGUUGUAGUAAAACUACGGGAUAUUAAUGACAAUAAACCCCAAUUCGAUAAAUCAAACAUCGAAACUACGGUACUGGAGGACGCGAGUGUUGGAAAUAGUUUAGAAACCUUUAAAGCGACGGAUCCUGAUCAAGGUGGUCUUAGUAAGGUUUCCUAUGCGAUUGAUCGUAGCUCGGAUCGCAAAAGGCAAUUUCACAUAAAUGAAAAUGGCACUGUCACAAUUCAGCGAAGUCUUGAUAGGGAGGAAACCCCACGGCAUCAAGUGAAAAUUCUAGCGAUUGAUGACGGGAUACCACCGAAAACUGCUACUGCGACGCUGACGGUUAUCGUCCAAGAUAUAAAUGAUAACCCGCCGACGUUCUUGAAAGAUUAUCGUCCAGUUUUGCCCGAAUACGCCACACCCCGUAAAGUAAUUGAAAUUUUGGCAACUGACGACGACGACAGAUCAAAAAGCAACGGCCCGCCCUUUACAUUCCGCAUGGACCCAAAUGCCGACGACAUUAUUCGCGCGAGUUUCAAAGUCGAGAGUGAUAACAAGGGCGCUAAUGGUGAUGGUAUGGCAAUAGUAUCAUCUCUACGUUCAUUUGAUCGCGAACAACAAAAGGAAUAUUUAAUUCCCAUAAUAAUUAAGGAUUCCGGAACUCCGCUUAUGGCCGGAACAAGUACCUUGACUGUUGUAAUUGGCGAUGUUAAUGAUAACAAAAUGCAGCCCGGAUCCAAAGAUAUAUUUGCGUACAACUAUGCAGGACAAUCACCGGAUACUGAAAUAGGUCGAGUUUAUGUUUACGAUCUCGACGACUGGGAUUUACCGGACAAGAAAUUUUAUUGGGAAGGUUUAGAGCACGCUCAGUUCAAGUUGGACGAAGAUUCAGGGAUGAUAUCCAUGAAAUCCGGCACUCACGAUGGAAAGUAUCAUUUACGUUUCAAAGUUUACGAUCGUAAACACACACAGACUGAUAUUCCGGCAAACGUAACUGUCACCGUAAAGACAAUACCACAUGAGGCAGUAAUGAAUUCCGGGUCAGUACGUAUUUCCGGAAUAUCCGACGAAGAUUUCAUUCGCGUAUGGGAUUACAAAAAUCAAAGGUUAACGCGCAGCAAAGCGGAUUUAUUUAAAGAUAAAUUGGCGUUGCUGCUGGAUACCGAGAGGGAAAAUGUCGAUGUGUUCAGCGUGCAGCAGAGAAGAAAAUAUCCACCAUUGACAGACGUCAGAUUCGCUGCUCAUGGGUCGCCCUACUACAAGGCAGUUCGUUUAAAUGGAAUAGUUCUGAUGCACCGGGAAGAAAUUGAAAAGGAAGUCGGGAUAAAUAUAACCAUGGUUGGUAUUGACGAGUGUUUCUAUGAAAACGAAAUUUGCGAGGGCAGUUGUACGAAUAUUCUUGACAUUAAUAAUCAACCGUACAUGGUGAAUGCUAAUAAAACCGCACUGGUCGGCGUGAGGGUUGACGUUAUUGCCCAGUGCACUUGUGGUGCGAGAAACUUCAGCACUAGCGAGUCAUGCCGAAAUAGCCCUUGCUACAAUGGCGGUCGCUGCAUAGAGGGCAGAUACGGAUUAACAUGUCAAUGUCCAGCGGGCUACAAUGGACCUAGAUGUCAGCAAACAGCUCGGAGUUUCCGUGGCAACGGGUGGGCUUGGUAUCCAGCAUUAGAAAUGUGUGACAAUAGUCACCUUAGUUUUGAGUUUAUCACACGAAAAGCUGACGGUUUGUUACUCUACAAUGGUCCCAUUGUGCCACCAGAAUCCGACGAAGUUAUGGUUUCCGAUUUUAUUUCCGUGGAACUCGAGCGCGGUAUACCGAGACUAUUGAUCGAUUUUGGCUCGGGCACACUUGAGUUACGUGUAAAAACAAAACGAACUUUGGACGACGGCGAGUGGCACCGGCUUGAUAUCUUCUGGACAACAGAAACAGUCAAAUUGAUCGUGGACUUUUGUAAGUCUGCUGAAAUAUCUGAGCAAGAAGACGGAACCCCGCCGACGCUUAAUGGCGCAUCCUGUCAAGCUACAGGAGCAGUCCCGCCAUUUAAUGAGUACCUAAAUGUUAAUGCACCUCUGCAACUUGGGGGAUUGUAUGUCGAGCACUUUGACCCGACUCAGUACAAAUGGAAGACACGUCCGCUGGGCAAGGGCUUCGAGGGAUGCAUAAGAAAUUUGUUCCACAACAGCAAACUUUAUGAUCUAGCACAUCCAGGGCUGUCACGACACAGCGUCGCUGGUUGCCCGCAAACAGAGGAAAUUUGUAAUAACCAGGAAUCAACAUUCAGAUGCUGGGAACACGGUACCUGCGUCGGCAGUUUCACGGAAGCUCGAUGUCAAUGUAAUCCCGGGUGGACUGGCCCCGGUUGCAUGACGCAAACCAUUCCAACAACUUUCAAACAGCAGAGUUAUGUCAAGUACGCGCUGUCAUUCGAGCCAGAUAAAUAUUCGACGCAGAUACAAUUACGCUUCCGAACACGAGAAAACGACGGGGAACUCUUUAGAGUAAGCGAUCAGCAUAACAGAGAAUACGCGAUACUGGAGAUCAAAGGCAGCAGAUUGCAAUUCCGAUACAAUUUAAAUAGUCUGAGGAUUGAAGAGAGAGACAUUUGGCUGAGCGCUAUCACUGUCGACGACGGUCAGUGGCACACAGUGAGAGUAUCGAGAUAUGGGUCUGCUGCGACGUUGGAAUUAGACGGAGGCGAAGGUCGACGGUUCAACGAGACAUUCUCAUUCGAGGGUCAUCAGUGGCUGCUGGUUGACAAACAAGAGGGUGUUUACGCCGGUGGGAAAGCUGAAUACACGGGUGUAAGGACCUUUGAAGUAUAUGCGGAUUAUCAAAAAGGAUGUUUGGAUGAUAUAAGAUUGGAAGGCAAACAUCUUCCAUUACCACCGGCAAUGAAUGGAACUCAAUGGGGACAGGCAACAAUGGCAAGAAAUUUAGAGAGAAUGUGUCCGUCUAAUAAACCCUGCAAUAACGUACUUUGUCCAGAACCGUUCGAGUGUAUUGAUCUUUGGAAUGAACAUGCUUGCACAUGUGGAGAGGGAAAAGUACGAUCUCCCGAUGGUAAAGGAUGUAUGGAUAAGAACGAGUGUAUUGAUUAUCCCUGUUUGAACGGGGGUAGAUGUAUUAAUCAAGACCCGAGACUUAGGUACAGGUGUAUUUGUCCGGACGGUUUUUGGGGCGAAAAUUGCGAAGCUAUUCAAGAAGGACAAACGCUUAAAUUGAGCAUAGGUGCUCUUGCUGCUAUUCUUGUCUGUGUACUAAUAAUUCUUGUUCUAGUUUUGGUAUUCGUUGUAAUUAGCAGAAGAAGGGAGGCGCACAUUAAGUACCCAGGACCAGAUGACGAUGUUAGAGAAAAUAUUAUCAAUUAUGAUGAUGAAGGAGGCGGAGAAGACGAUAUGACGGCCUUUGAUAUCACUCCGCUACAAAUUCCUAUUGGAGGCCCUAUUCCAGAUAUGGGAGGAAAAUUAUUAUCUUGUAAAGCUCCAUAUGCCAUGGGACCAGAACCAAAUAUCGGAAUAUUUAUAGAAGACCACAAAAAACGAGCUGACAGUGAUCCAAACGCUCCACCAUUCGAUGAUUUACGAAAUUACGCUUACGAAGGGGGUGGAAGUACAGCCGGUUCACUGUCAUCGUUAGCUUCCGGAACCGACGACGAGCAACACGAGUACGAGUAUCUGGGCGCCUGGGGACCCAGGUUUGAUAAGCUCGCGGAUAUGUACGGGCCAGCAGACGAAAGUGAGGAAGAAGAAUAAAUAAAAUGAAGUUGAUUAAAGGCACCAGUGCCUCGGUGCGUGAUGUUAAUACAGCGAGAUCUCAUUAAGUGACUAAAAACUUCUGUGAAUAAAAAAAAAAGUAAUUCCAAAGAGUGAAAAAAAAAGUAAUGAAGAUUUUGCCGAUAAGUAAAUCGCGUAACAACUUUUUAGAAAGUAAAAUUCCACGGAAAAUAAUAUUAUGUACACCUAGUGUACUGUAAAAAAAAGUUUAGACAAAACUAAACUAAAAAGGUUAAAGUUAAGACACAAAAUAUAUAAGAAACGAAGUAAAAAAAAAUAAAACCCAUCGUUCCUACCUGAGAGCACGAACUUUGCAAUAAUAUUUAAAACUUAUAUUUAAAUAAAAAAAAUAUGAAUAAUAAUAAAUAACUUGCACGCAUUGAUGCAUGGAAAUUGUGUGUGUUAAGUGCGCGUUAAUUUAAGCACUUCAUUCCUAUAUGUGCAUAUUAAUAAUUAAGAUAAAUUUUUGUAUAAAAUAAUUUAUUGAUAUUUAUUUAAAAAUAUUUUUUAUUGAUAUUAUUGAUUGAUAUUUUAAUUAUUUUAAUUAUUUAAAUUACGUUUAAAAAACGACACACGUUUAUAUUUAAAAUUUUUUAUCUUUAGUAUGUAAUAUUUGUAAUUAUAAUUAUAAUUAUAUUUAAUUAUAAACGUGUCGUGUGAAUAUCGGCUUACAUGUUUUUUAAACUCACGAUAAAUAUUUUUAUGGAAAUAAUGAAACUAAAAAUAAUAAUUAAAAAAUAAUUAAAUACCAAAGAACAAUCGCAACUAAAGUUAUAAACUUUUGUCUUUUUUAUACGUAAAAUAAAUAAAUAAAAAAUAUCUAAAUACUCCGAUCUCAUCACGUACGUGUGUGUUAUGUGAGAUUUUAAAAAAUAUAAGUCUCAAAUUUUAUAUCCAAUUUAAGUUAUUGUAUUAAUUAAUUAAUUAAAUUUAACUAAACUAAUUAUAUUUAUUACUGUUGAUACAGUUAAUGGCGCCGUGAUGUAUAAUAAUUAAUUAAUUAAUUAAUUGUAUUUAUUAAUAAUUAGUUUACCCCGCAAUCUUAUCAAUGGUUUAUUGCCAUAUCUAUAUUAUCAAUUAAUAAUUAUUAAUUAUUAAAUAAUUAAAUGAUUCAUUGCUCACAUCGUGAAUUAAAGAUUUAUUAAAAAAAAAAAUAUAAAAAAAAAAAAACACGUAGAACUCACUGGAAAUAAACAAACGUGUAAAUUCUUUAGCGAUUGCUACUGAAUUUAAAAAAAACAAAACAAAUUUACACUCGAGUCUCAAUGGCUUUUAAUUAAUAAAAUAAAAUAAAAAUAAACAAUUUGUAUUUCUUUACGUCAAAUGAGACAAACGAAAGACCAGUUAAUUAAAAACGUACAUCAGACACAACAUAUGUAUUAAAAAAAAAAAAAAAAUGAAAAAAAAAAUUAAUUUUAAGAUUUAAAAGUAAAAAAAAAAUUAUCUCACGAGAAAUACAACAAAGCUUAAGACCGCGAUAGUAAAAAAAAAUAUAUGUCAAGUGUAUUCUUUGUUUUUAAAAAAAAAAACAACAGAUCUAGCCAUCCUCCAAU